GCUGUACCGGUUUCACAAACCAUGUCAAACUGGAUGGCUCAUAUGGGCAGUACUCACUCCCCUACUAGCUACAAUUCUAGCCUUCACUUCUCACAUUGUCAGUGGCAGGAGGAAUGGAGGGAUAUCCGUACGAUUCAUCCAUCCCUACACCAACGACGGUGGUGGAGGAGAAAAAGUGCUCCGGUACGCCGUUAAAGGCAUCCAAGAAGAGUCCCCUGAUCUCCAAUGCGUUGUCUACACUGGCAAUCACGAUGCCUCUGUUAAAUUAGUAAAGUGAAGAAUUUAGCAUGUAGCUACCGCAGAGGUUUGAAUCCUGGCCAUUUGAGGUUUUGAAGUUAGUGGUUGCCAACUUGGCUAAGUUCUCUUUGGUUUUAUUCAAUAACUGUUUAAGAAAUCUUGAUUUUAGUUUGUGUUGGGGAUUUGGCUGAUGGCUGCAACUGGUUGAUAUUGGUUAAGUUUGGCAUUAGAGCAAUUUAAUGGUUUAGCCCUUGGAUAUCCCAGUGCAAAAUCAUCUAUUAUAAAACAUACAGUUGGAUGUUGGGAUCUUGUGCACACUUUGUAAUGGUUAAUUCUUCAUGGACUCAGUCCCACAUCAAAAAGCUUUGGCGAAUCCCUAACUGUACUAAGCAAGUCUAUCCUCCCUGUGAUACUUCAGCGCUUCAGGUGCUUCCUUUGGAAAGACUGGUUGGAAGGCCAAAGAUUAUGUCUGUUGCUCAAUUUCGUCCUGAGAAGGCACAUAGCCUUCAACUUGGGGAAAGAUUGCUGAAUUUGAAAAACAAAGCAGCAAUACUGAAAAAUAGAUGGGGAUGUCGAAUUCCACAAGAAUUCAAGGGACUUUGGUAAGACUUUCGGGAAGCACUGUUGCUGGAAUCCAUUCAAUGGUAGACAAGCACUUAGGUGUAGUUACUGUAGAAUACAUGGCUGCUGGAGCCAUCCUAAUCGGUUGGCAUUCCAAGUUUCCAACUUCCAGGGUAUCUUUCCUUUGAAGAUCGAAGGACCAACAUUGGACAUUGUUUUGGACAAUGGCAGACAACAAACUGGGUUUCUAGCUCGGAGCCUGGAAGAAUAUGCAGAAGCAAUCCUGCAUGCAGUAAGAACGCCUGAAUCUGAGAGGCUCGGGAUGGCUGCAGCUGCAAGAAAACGUGCUGGCAGAUUUUCGAGCAAAGAUUUUAUGAUGAUUUCAUAGCUGCAAUUAGACCAAUUUUAUGCAGUGAAAUUGUAACAACAGAAAAGCAGCCAUAUAGAGCAUAGUAGUGUUUA